GAGCGGGACCGGGAGCGGGCGGGAUGCUCCCGGGAGCGCUCUGCCUGCUCUGCUGCGCCGCUGCCCUGCUCGCUGCUGCAGGUCUAGAGCCAGGACAUGGCACCAAUGUCUCCUCUGCAGUGGCUCUAAGCAGCUCAGAGACAGCCGUGUCGCCGAGUCCAUCCAGGACACCGGGAUCAGCAGCACCUCCUGUAUCUCCAUCCAACACCACCAUGGCACUGACUCCAUCCAGGACACUGGGAUCAACACCACUUCCAGUAUCUCCAUCCAACACCACCACACCAACUCCAUCCAGGACACUGGAAUCAACACCACUUCCAGCAUCUCCAUCUAACAUCACCAUGAAACCAUCUUCAUCCGGGACAAUGGGAUCAACACCACUUCCAGCAUCUCCAUCCAACACCACCACACCAAGUCCAUCCAAGACAUUGGGAUCAGCAGCACCUCCAGCAUCUCCAUCCAACACCACCACACUGACUCCAUCCAGGACACUGGGAUCAACAGCACCUCCAGCAUCUCCAUCCAACACUACCACACUGACUCCAUCCAGGACACUGGGAUCAACAGCACCUCCAGCAUCUCCAUCCAACACUACCACGGCACUGAUUCCAUCCAACACAUCGGGAUCAGCAGCACCUCCAGUAUCUCCAUCCAACACCACCAUGGAACCAUCUUCACCCAGGACACUGGCACCAGCAGCACCUCCAUCCAACAUGUCCACGGCACCGACUCCAUCCCACCCAAGUGUGCCCAGAUCCACGGGGCAUCCCUCCAACUCGACAGCAGUGCCAGCCCCAUCCUCACCCAGGCCCUCUGGGCCCGCUCCUGCUCCCAACUCCACCACAUCCACUGUGAGCCCUGGGCCCAACAGCACCUUGGCCACCAGCUCCAGAACAACACUGGCCACCGGCAUCGUGGCUGGCAGCUCAGAGCAGCAGCUGAGCUCUGGCGUGGUCGUCAUCAUCUGCCUCUUCGUCUGUGUGCUGGUGGGGGGCACAGCGGUGCUGCUGGUGCGGCUGUGCCGGCGCAGGACCCCCCGCGGGACCCCCCCCUUCCACCACCUGGACGAGGUGCCCAUGAGCAAGGUGAUGGAGGAGUCCCCUGUCACCCACCCCACACCCAGGUGACCCCCCCCCACACCGCGGCCCCCCCGGGGCUCCCCGCGCUGCUGAAUAAAGAAGCUGCUGCUCA